AUGAGAUUACUUGUAUUAACAGUAAUUUUGGCCAUCACCGUUGCCGGUGUUUUGGCCCAACAACAAACUUCACUGCGUGGUCACUAUGCCAACUCGCUCCUCAAUGAAGCAGGUGCUGGUGCCGCUCCAAUAGAAACUUUCUCCAAGCCAAGCAGACCAAUGACAGUCGGUAUUGUAGGUGCUGGUAUGUCCGGACUUUACGCUGCUCUCCUCUUGGAAGACUUGGGUAUCUCCUACGAAAUUGUUGAAGCCAACGACCGUUUCGGAGGUCGUGCUCACACCUUCAAAUUCUCGAGUGCUCCAUACGACUAUGUCGAUUUCGGUGCCAUGCGUUUCCCAAGAACACCAGUCAUGGAUCGUGUCGUCGGUCAACAACCAUGGAGUUUGGUCAACAAGCUCCAAUCGCUCGGUAAUCCAGUCACCACCGGAACCUUCUACUUGAGCCACGACAACAACAUUCUCUACCACAACGGUCAAUACGUCUACGCCAGCGACAGCUUGAUGGGAGAUCCACUCCAUUUCGGUGACCAAUAUCACGGUGGUCCAGGUUCUGCCGUCCCAGACUGCUACGCUCAAAUCACUCCAAACUACUGGCUUGGAAAGGCUAUCAUGCCAUUCAUUGUCAAUUUGACUAUGGACUUUGACAACGGUUACAAGGAGCUCUUGAAGUUCGACUGUUACUCCAUCCGUAACUACAUGGGUGAGGUAUUGAAGGACAACACAUGUACUCCCAACCAUACCAUGGCUGGUUACGACCAAAUGGCCAUUACCUGGUUCGAAACAAUGAACACCGGUUCGGGAUUCUUCGACCUCGACUCCUUGACUGAAGGUAUCUUGAACUUCUACGACUACUCCGGUAAGGACUGGUACUACAUCCGUGGUGGAACUUACCAAUUCGCCGAGAACAUGGUCAGAUCCAUCGGAAGAAGAAAGGUUGAACUCGAGAAACGUGUCACCAAGAUUGCUCCAGGUGUUUCCCGUCUCGACUCUGCCAACGUCACUAGACCAACUCUCCGUGUCUCCAUCGACGGUGAACGUAAUCCCCGUGUCUACGACCACGUCAUCUCAACCGUCCCACUCGGUGUCCUCCAGAGAAUCGAUACCACCGAAUGCGGUCUCUCCUACAAGAAGAACGAAGCCUACCGUGUCCUCACUUACGAUCGUUCCGUCAAGGUCGGUAUGUCCUUCAAGACUCGUUGGUGGGAAGAUCCCGUCAUCAUGAAGGGUAAGCCAAUUUUCGGUGGUCAAUCAGAGACUGAUCUUCCAAUCCGUGGUGUCAACUACCCAUCGUACGGUAUCAACUCUACCCAUUCCGGUCCAUACACUCUCCUCGUCGCCUACACAUGGGGACAAGACGCCACCCGUCUCGCCUCCAUCCAAAACGACCGUUCCCAAUUGAAGAAGUUGCUCCUCGAGAAUCUCGCCGUUCUCCAUCGUGUCGACUACGAUUUCCUCCGUGCUCAACUCGUCGACUGGGAGAUGUGGAACUGGGAUGAAGUUGAAUUCGAAUCCGGUUCAUUCGCUGGUUUCUCACCAUGCCAAUUCUCCAAGUACUUUGCCGACAUCACCAAGUCCGAGGUCAACGGAACCCUCCAUUUCUCCGGUGAGGCAACCAGUGUCCACCAUGCCUGGAUCAUCGGUGCACUCAACUCUGCCUACCGAGCCGUCGACCAAAUCCUCACCACCGAAGGUUGGCACAAUCUCCGUCAAAAACUCAGAGACAACUGGGGUACCAUUGACGAAUUUGCCUCCGAAGGUCUUACUCAAUUCCCAGUACCAACCGCAGCUGCUCUUAGAAAUGCUCAAGCCAUCAUGGAUUCCAACAUGAAUCUUGCCAUCGAUCCAAAGAGAAUCUAA